CCUGCUCAAAGUCUUCUCGUGGCUGAAAACUUCAUUAUCCUCUUGUUCCACUAGAGCCGUGUGGUUGCCUUAUUCCCCAACCAUCGCUGGCACACAUUGCUUCCAUGUCGAUGCUAAAGUCGUUCAUUCGUGUGAGGCCUCUGGGCCGAACCCACCGAUCUAUUAUCCCUACUCAGCCCUUUGCUUCUGCCCCAAUAUCAGCGGGACACAACCUGCAUUCAACUGAGUCAAAAACAAUUCCGACUGUCAGACAUAUCCCUUCAUUAGCCCGUUUUCCCAACAAUUCGCUAUCAAGGAGUUUCCACUCCACAAACAGGCGGCAGGAUGUUCUGUUUGUAGCGAUGCCGGCCUUGAAGAGUGGCUUGCUCAAUAUCACAAGGUUUAGCCUUCUGUUUCUGCCAUUUGCAAUUAGAUACAAGUUGUGGAAAAGAUACCGACGGAUAUCCCUUUUGUUGCUACAAAUCCCUAUAUUCGCGAUCUGUAUAAUCCUUGCAUUAGGAUUAGAUCAAAGCCCACGAACGAAAAGAUGGAGACUUCUACUCAUGUCUGAGCACGAAGAGCUUGCGUGGUCAAGACGAAAGCAAAGAGAAAUUCUUCGUAACGAUGGCCAUAAGUUGCUCCCUCCAGAUGAUCCUCGAUCUCGUCAAGUCGCUAGAGUCACCACUCGCCUCGUCACCGCAUUGGAAGAAGAAGACCGUCAUAUCGUUUAUGGAGCCAAUUGGCCGCCCAAAUCGCAAGAACUGUCCCGGCUGAUCUCUGAACGAGAAGCCUUGAUAGGAGAAGGAGACAGAUAUUACCUACCGAGUGGUACAGCUAAGAGUACAUACGUACCCUACAGACCGCCUACCAACAACCCUUUGAAACAGUUUGAGUCGCCAGACUGGCGCGUGUAUGUGAUAGAUUCACCUGAAGUGAAUGCCUUCGCCCUACCAAGCAGAGAUGUUUUUGUUUACACCGGUCUCCUUGACACACUGCCCGGGGAUGAUGUCAUGCUGUCUGCAAUCUUAGCCCAUGAGAUCGCUCAUGUCGUAGAAAGACAUACGGUUGAAAAUCUAGGAUUCUUGAAUCUGGCGACUGUGGGAUUUGACGUCUUGCGAGGAUUGGCCUUUGCAUUUACCAUCUCCUUCCCAUUUAUCACGGACUCAGCCGGGAUGUGUAUCAACUGGAUCAACAAUGUCCUCGCCGACAGAGCUUACUCUAGAAAACUUGAAAUGGAGGCCGAUGCUGUAGGCUUGGAGAUCAUGGCGACCGCAGGAUACGACCCUAGGGCCGCAAGCGACUUGUGGGAGCUUAUGGCAUGUGUGGAGGACGACGCAGCGGCGAUGGGACAAGGGAUCAGUGUCGAGAACCGGUUCACUCUGCUUAGGACGCAUCCGACAAGUGACGUUCGACUAAAAGCUCUCAGCAAGGAUAUGGAAGGUGCGCUGAAGAUUUGGCGGGACCAUAGGAGGAAGCGUCAGCCCAAGAGAGUGGAGAAAAAGCAGGAAAAGAAGGAUAACGUCCCUGAAUCGGACAAAGCUGUAUCGGAAUAAGGAUGGUAUUCCAGAAGAUAGC